AUGGUGUUAGAGCUAUUCCCCUUGUUAAGGGGUCGAUUACUGUUUUUGUUGAGGCAUUCGCCGUUAACAUCACGGGUAGCGACAGCCCGACUGUUAUCGUCGGAUACUUACAACUUAAGGGAACAGAGACGCCCUGUAUCAACUGAUCAACAGUCAUCACAACAGCAGAAAAAGCAAACUUGUUUUAUUUGUGGUGGAAAUUGUAAAUGCGGUGGUGCAUGUGGUCAUAUUAGGAGUAAUUUUAAAUAUUAUGCCAGUGCAGCGGCUUUAUUAAUUGCUUCUGGAAUAGUUCUGGGUCCGUUUGAAAAUGAUAAAAUCCCAGAAGAGAUACCCUACUUAUUAAUUGGUGCAGGCACCGCAUCCUAUCAUGCUGCGCUUACAAUUAGAGCUAGAGACGCAGAUGCAAAAGUGUUGAUCGUAGGUGAUGAAAGACAUCUCCCGUACAACAGGCCUAACCUUACGAAGGAGCUGUGGUGGUACGGAGAUGAAAACGUAAUAUAUUUUGAUAUAGUAAGUAGUAAUCUUGAAUAUAAAAGCCUGACUGGUAGGACAAAAGAAGUUUAUUAUGAAACGAAAGGAUUUUAUGUUUCUCCUGCACAAAUUUCUUCAGCAGAGCAUGGAGGAGUUUCUCUACUUACCGGUCAUCGUAUUGUCAAGUUAGAUAUACCGGCUCACACCGCUUACUUGGAAGAUGGCCGUAAAAUCAAAUAUGAAAAGUGUUUGAUAGCUACAGGUAAAUCUAAUUCCAGGCUUUCUCCAUCUACCAUUCCACUCUUUGACAACGCUGCUCCAGAGGUCAAAAAGAAGAUGUCGCUGUUCCACACGGUAGAUGACUUUAAAAAAGUUUAUGAUAUAGCUAAAAAUGCUAAGUCUAUCACUGUCGUUGGAGGUAAUAUCUUGGCUUCUGAACUUGCCUAUUCACUUAACCGGAAAUUUGGUGAAAAGGGACUUAAAGUUAACCAGGUUUUCAAGCAGAAGGGUAUCGUGGGGGAGAUUUUGCCUGAGUAUUUAAGCAAGAUGGCGACUGACAGGUUACGUGAUAAUGGCGUUAACAUAGUUACUGGAGAAACCCCCGUGAAAGCAACGUUAAACAAGAAUAAAGAGGUGGAACUUGAUUUUGCUUCUGGAGGUAUGUUAUAUGUUCUCUCUUAUUUAGAGAAAUUAGCCAGUGAUUACGUCAUUGUUAUCAGUGAUGUUAAACCAAACACAGAAAUAGCAGAAGCAUCAAGCCUUGAGGUUGAUAAGGUAAAAGGCGGGUUUCUUGUUGAUGCUGAAUUAAGAGCUCGAACUGAUGUUUGGGUAGCUGGCGCUGCUUGUAGUUAUUACGAUGUUCGACUGGGUAGGAGAAGAGCUGACCUCUGGGAUGAUGCUCAGGUCACUGGUAGGUUGGCGGGUGAGAACAUGACUGGAGGCCAAAAGCACUACUGGCAUCAGGCUGCCUAUCAGUCGACAAUAGCUCCAGGGAUUUACUUCCAAGGUGUUGGUAGAACAGAACCUUCACUCCCGACAGUCUCAGUUUUUGCAUCGGACGACGGGAAAGCCACAGACCGCGGAGUGGUAUUUUACUUACAUAACAAAACAGUUGUUGGGAUUGUGUUGUUUAACGUUUUUGGUUAUGGGGUGGAUGUCGCAAGACACGUUAUUGCUGAUGGCAAGGAACAUGAUGAAAAAGAUCUCAAAGAGGUAUCCAGAGGUUCUUAUUUUUAGUA